AAAAACCUUGGCAAAAACACUUCGGUUUUCUUUCCUCGGAUUUUCGAUGCCCUCGAAGAAAAACCCUAAAGCUACUUACUACUAUUAAAUAACAUUAAUCAUGUGGCGACCAACGUUUACGAUAUUAAGGAAGCUGGUAAUUCCAUCCUUGAAGGAAAAUGUUAUUAUUUCAAAAAUAUUAUAUUCUACAAAAAGCCGACUGCCGAAGUCAACGAUGAAGCUGACCUUAGUCAGUGCCAGUGUCGGUGUCCUUAUCGGUGCUGGAUACGGAGGUUAUACUCAUUAUAAAAUUAAUGCAAAGAAGUCAUUGUUGCCUGUAGAAACUGAGGAGUUUGCUUUUCUGAAACACGCACCGGAAUACCACCCUCAGUACAAAAUUAUAAACGAGACAGAUAACAGCAAUCUCCAUUUAAUAUUAUUCCAAUACCGCACAUGUCCAUUUUGCUGUAAAGUGCGUGCCUAUUUAGACUCGAGGGGGAUAAGUUAUGAAAUAGUUGAAGUCGAUGCAGUUUUGCGGCAGGCCAUCAAAUGGUCAGGAUACAAAAAAGUGCCAAUAGUUCUUGCAAAAGUUGAUGGCGGUUAUCAGCAACUGUUGGAUAGUACUGCUAUAAUAUCUGUGCUGGAGACCUAUUUGCGGGACAAAGCGUCUCAGCUGCAAGAGAUAAUAAAGUUUUAUCCUGCCACAAAGUAUAUGAAUGACGAUGGGAAAAGUACGACCGAGAUUGCCAAUAAAUAUUUCGUUAUGCACAAUGCGGUCGUCCCAGACGAACGAGAAAGAGCGAUUGAGAUGGAGGAACGCGAAUGGAGACAAUGGGCAGAUAAGGUUCUAGUGCACACCUUGUCUCCAAACGUGUACCGUACUGCUGGGGAGGCGCUGGAGACCUUCAAGUGGUUUGAGGAGGCCGGAGGGUGGAAGCAAUCUUUCCCCAGCUGGGAGUGCGCGUUGAUGGUCUACGGAGGGGCAGCUGCUAUGUGGAUCAUAGCCAAACGGCUUAAGAAGAGGCACAACAUCAGUGACGCUCGGCAGUCGCUUUACAACGCGGCGAACGAAUGGACAGCAGCCGUGAAGAAAAGGGGCCGAUUCUUGGGCGGCGACCAACCGAAUCUAGCCGACAUCACAGUGUAUGGAGUCCUAAGCAGCAUCGAGGGUUGCCAGGCCUUCAAGGACCUACGGAACCACACCGAUAUCGGCAAGUGGUAUGACGAUAUCAAGAACAGCAUCGACAGGAAAAUGGGAAAGGUGUUAGCUGUUCAUGCGUAGAGUACAUUGUCGCUUGACUUGUGUGUGAAGGUAUGUCCUAUUGCAGGGCUUCCCAAACUUAUUUUUAUGCUGACGUCCUUUUGAAUUUGACACUUGUUGCGAUGACCCCCUUCCCCUCCCGCUAAAAAGUACUUAUCAUUAUUUUGUAGUUAUUAAAGCCUCGUAACAAGUUCAAGUCAUAUCGAUACAGUAAGAUUGCCCCACAACAAACUGGGAUAAUGCUGUGACGCCCCUAGGGUGUCACGACGCGCUGUUUGGGAGGCCCUGUCCUAUAGAGCUAUGCAGGUUGCGAAGUAAUAUGGUUUUAAUGAUUUAUUUAAGUAAGUGUGAUUUGAGGUGGGAGUGGAACAUUCAAUUCUUGUUCUGUUGUCUAUUAAUAAAAUCGACACCUUCCGGCAUUCGAAAUUAAAUCGAGUGAGAAAUUAUCUGAUUGAAUGGUCUUAUUCCACCUUAAUGACACGUCACGUGCAACUUGCGUCCAAGUGUAAACAUGUGUUGUAGUUGAAAUUCAUAAUAAUAUUUUCUAAUGUUACAUUAUAGCUUAUUCAUAUUUUAGAGUUGAGUUUAUUUAAUAGCUAAUUAAUUAUACAGAUGCGACAUAAUAAUUGUUAUCAUUAAAGUACACACUAAGUUACACUUCUAGCUCUAAAUCUGAGAUUAGUUCUGUUACGUAAAUCUAUCAUUCUCAUUUUAUCUUAGAGCCAAAGCACACGGUGCGUUGCGGCGCCGAACCUCGAAAGAUUUUGCCAUAUCGACAACGCGGCGCUGCACCGUUCGUGUGCCCGCCACAGAUAUUUUUAUGUAAGAUGACGCAGCGACACCGCUCCGGCGUCGCACGGUCGUAACGCCUCGUGUGCAUUGGCUCUUAAUUUUAUUUAAAGGAGUCAUAUUAGAGUAUUAAAUGCAAUUGUGAUUUUAUUGAUUAGUUGUUAAUACACGUUAACGUUUUAA